ACGUCCUGACGCACGCGCCUGCAGUCAUCUGUUUUACUGCUGCGCUGAUUGUGCACUGAGCAACAUGGCGACGUCCCUGAUCUGCGGCCGGUUGUCCGCUGGACUGAGGAAUUCCGGCCACAAGACGAAUUUGAGCUCGGCAGCUAAGGUGCUUGGUGGGACAUCAGGUCUGUUUGGUAAUCAUGGAAACCAGCCAUCUCCAAUGCUGUCAGGGCAGCAGCAGAGAAACCUCUCCCUACAUGAGUAUAUGAGCAUAGGGCUGCUGAAGGAUGCAGGUAUCUCUGUGCCCGCGGGUAUGGUGGCCAGCUCGCCUGAUGAGGCCUAUGCUGCUGCCAAGCAGAUCGGCUCUAAAGACCUGGUGGUAAAAGCUCAAGUGUUGGCGGGUGGUCGAGGCAAAGGCACUUUUGAGGGAGGACUGAAGGGAGGAGUUCGAAUUGUUUACUCGCCAGAAGAAGCGAGGGACAUCUCCUCUAAGAUGAUUGGCCAGAAAUUGUUCACUAAGCAGACAGGAGAGGCAGGGCGAAUCUGUAACCAGGUGUUUAUCUGCGAGCGCAGGUACCCGCGCAGAGAGUAUUAUUUUGCCAUCACGAUGGAGAGGUCAUUCCAGGGACCCGUGCUGAUUGGCAGUUCUCAGGGGGGCGUGAACAUUGAGGAUGUGGCUGCAGAGAAUCCCGAUGCCAUUGUGAAAGAGCCCAUUGAUAUCGUAGAGGGAAUAAAGAUGGAGCAGGCCAUAAAGGUGGCAGAGAAGAUGGGCUUCCCUCCUGCACUGAUCAAUGAAGCAGCAGAGAUCAUGAUGAAACUCUUUGAUGUCUUCAUCAAGUAUGAUGCAUCUAUGCUGGAGAUAAACCCGAUGGUGGAGGACUCAUCUGGCAUUGUGAUGUGUAUGGACGCUAAGAUCAACUUUGACUCCAACGCUGCCUAUAGACAGAAGAAAGUGUUCGACAUGCGGGACUGGAGUCAGGAGGACGCCAGAGACAGAGAGGCAGCCAAAGCAGACCUCAACUACAUCGGCCUUGACGGCACUAUUGGCUGCCUGGUCAAUGGAGCUGGUCUCGCUAUGGCAACAAUGGACAUCAUCAAACUGCACGGUGGAAUUCCUGCCAACUUCCUGGAUGUAGGAGGCGGAGCCACAGCACAGCAGGUGACAGAAGCCUUCAAGCUCAUCACCUCUGAUAAAAAGGUCCAGGCUAUUUUGGUGAACAUCUUUGGCGGUAUCAUGAGGUGUGAUGUCAUCGCGCAGGGCAUCAUCAUGGCCGUCACGGACUUGGACCUGAAAAUUCCCAUUAUAGUGCGGUUACAAGGAACAAGAGUGGACGAUGCCAAGGCCCUGAUUGCUGCCAGCCCUCUGAAGAUCCUGGCCUGUGACGAUCUGGACGAGGCGGCCAAGAUGGUUGUAAAGCUUUCUGAAAUCGUGUCAUUGGCCAAAGAGGCCCAGGUUGAUGUCAAGUUCCAGCUGCCCAUCUAAAAGAACAAACCACAAACCCACCAAAUCACCAUUUAAACCAUCUUAUAUAAACUGAUUCCAAGUCUGCAACAUGAACUUGUCUUGUCCCAGACCUCCAAUAGAGAUCUCCACAGCCCCAGCCCCUGUAUCUUGGUCAAGGUUCUGUCAAAUCUUGUUUCUGUCUCUUUGUGGUUCCCCCUCCCUUCUGCUUCACCGGUGCUUCCAGAUUGUCAAGAAACGCAUGUGUCUGCUUGGUACCACUUUCAUUUCAUGCAAUCAACCCCCAUCCCACUGUGCAGCACCUAUCUAAUCAGUCCACUAACAUACUAUUGGUUGUUAUGGUUUUAUUGGUUUAGAUUGGGUCAGUUACUGCCUACUGUCAUUUAUUUUGUCUAUGUUGUUUGUUUUCUUAAGUGGAGGAUGUAUUUUUGCUUAACUGUAUUUAUACUGUUGAAAUGUCCAUGGAGAGCCGAUUCACUGGAAAGAGAAUGUCCUAUGCACACUGGUGCUUUCUUUUGCCACACGUAUACACACACAGUAUCAUUAAAAAGCAAAUUCCACCCCCUUUUUUUCUCCUUCCCUCUCUCCACUACUAUUGUGGUGGGAGUGAGUGGCGAUGCAGGGUGUCCUCUCUGUUCUCCUGAAGAGAAAUGCACCAUUUCCCUUUCAAACUAACGCACAAGCACUCACAGGGAAUAUGUGUGUUAUUGGUGUUCUCUCAGUUUGACAUUAAGCCAACAGUGCAGCGGUAGCAGGAACCAAUAAAAAUAUUCAAGCAUCUCAGAGGAUGAUGUUUGAUUCUGCUCAAAAUCUCUCAGUGUCUAUUCUUGAAAUGUAGAUUGACAAAGUCUGUCCCUUGAAUCCACUUUAAUUUUUCAUCUUGUGGAAGAGUCCAACAUUUGUGAUAAAUGAAACCGCUGCAGCACACAGUUCCUAUGUUCUAGUGUACCUAAGAGAACCUUAACUAGCCCCUGUGUAGAUCAGCCAGAAAUUAUAUAAAUUUAAACUUGUGUGUUGGUUCAGAAAGUAAAUAUUGUAAUUCGGACUGUGUCUGAAACUUCAGGGGCCAUUUCCACGGAACACAUUUUUGCAUCCGUCUCUAUUUUUUUUUUUUAUUGAUUUUCAGUUCUAUGGCAAACCUUUGGAAAAUAUCUGCCACUACAGGAAAAUAGUUAUGUUGAACAUUCACCAAAUAUCUACCAGUACUGACAAACAGUUAUGGCAAAUAUCUACCACUACAGAAAAAUAGUUAUGUGGCGAACGUUCAGCAAAUAUCUGCCACUACUGGCAAACAAUUAUGAUAAACCUAUGGAAAAUAUCUGCUGCUACAGGCAAACAGUUCUAUGGUGAAUAUUCAGGAAAUAUCUACCAAUACUGGCAACUACUUAUGGCAAACCUUUGCCAAAUAUCUACCACUGCUGGCAAACAGUUGUGGCAAACAUUUGGCAAAUAUCUACCUGUACUGGCAAAUAUUUGCCACUACUCAUAAACCGUUUAAUGGCAAACCUUUGGCAAGUAGGCCUAUAAAUGUCUGCCACUAUUAGCCAACAGUUAUGUCAAACCUGUGGCAGCAACGUUCAAUCCACCCCUACCCCCCUAAAUGUUUCACUUUUCGGAUGAGAUGUUAAACCGAGGUCCUGACUCUGUGGACAUUAAACAUCCCAGGGCACUUCUUGUAAAGAGUAGGAGUGUAGCCCCGGUGUCCUGACCAAAUUCAUCCAGGUGGAUGCUGCAACCUGGUGAUGGUUGAGGAGAGUACCAUAUUCACAAUGUAAAGAGCUUUGAGUGUAGUGUCAAAAAAGCACUAUAUAAAUGUAACAUUACAUUAUCGAUGCCUGCUGAUCUUCAUUUACUGAACCAUUUCAAUUACCUAAUUUAAUCAUUACACAUAAUUCUGUUGAAAUUAAAUGCACUUUCCAGUUUUUCCUCUGUUACUUCCUCAAUUUGUAAGUAGCGACUUUGCCAUCCCCCAGCUGUAAACCAAAGUCAACAUUCACCUCAGUGAAAUAAAAUUUACAUAAU